AUCCCACCAUCUAGAAUCUUUAGAAUCGACAAACACAAUGGUUCUCGCACGCCCUCAGAUCCUCCGCGCCUCCGCCCGAGCCCUCGGCACCGUGCGACAAACUGUGCCCACCCAGCAAUUCGCUCGUCGAACAUACGCCCAAGCUGCCGAAUCGACCAACAAGUCCUCCGAUCUUCCUUGGCUCAUCGGCUCCCUCGGCCUCGGCAUCCCAGGAGCCUACUACCUCCUGGCGACGGGCCCCAAAGCCGCCGCCUCCUCGCACGACACGCCGGACACGCACCACCACGGCGAACCCAAGGGCAAGACCUCGACCUCGGCCCCGAUCGAGAAGGAAGAAUCCGCCUCGGCCCAGGACUCGGCCCCUCAACCGGACCGGGACGCCGAACAGAAGACCGAGUCGGAUUCGGGACCAGCAGCAACCGCUUCGACGGAUGGGAAGGCGCCGUCGGAGGCUGAUGAGCCCUCAACUCGCAAGGAAGCGGGGAAUGCGUCGACCAUCUCCGGUAAGCAGGAGGGGAUUUCCAAUGCCACUACGGAUCAUCCGCAUGUGAACGAGCCCGGGAAGAGUGUCAAGGGGGAGGGCGAGACGGAGACGGCCAAGGUCAAGGGGACGGUGUCUCCGGAUCGUCCGCAGCAGUAGAUAGACAACCAAAAUUCCUCGAAGCGCUUCCCACGGGGUUUUCUGUAUGAUGCAAAGUUUUUUUUUCAUGUAUAAGACCAUGAAUUUUCCUUAAG